AUGCAUCGCUCAGUGUUCGCCGUCAUUGUUGCCGUUCUGUCCGUCCUGCUCAUCUCAGCGACCCAGGUAACUUUUCUUUGAAAGAACCAGUCAAGCUUUGGAGUUGAGUCAUGACAAACACAUAGGCGAUUCGAAAACUUUCAAGUCUUGUACAAGAAUGGUUAAUUUAAAACGCUCUUAUUUAAUCAACAAAUAGAUUUUUAAAAAAGCGCUCUUAAGACUAGGAAACCGAGUCAAUCUCCUCAGUUCUUCAAAAUAGUAGAUUUAAGAAAUUCAGUCGAAGGAAACUUCAUAAAACUGUUUUUCACAAACCUAGAACCAUCAUAGAAAAUGAUUACUCUUCUAAAAUAGUGAUGAGGAGAAAUUCAAGAAUCACUAUUUUAUUUUACAAUUUUCAGUAUAUUUCGAAAAUCAAUAGAUUUCGACAAAAGAGGAUCUUCAAAUUUUGAUGAUUUUUUUUAAUCGAAAAUAACAAUGAAAUAAAUUUUAGUGAAAGUCUAGACAAGCGCGGAAGCCAGUAAAGUGUUUUUCAACAAAAAAUUAGCAAGUAAUCUCAGAAAGUGUGAAAAAUCAAAAAUCCAAAAAUGUUUCUUUAAAGACAUGAGAACGUAAAUAGAGUUCGAUAGACAUUCUCAGAACGUCUGGAAAGUCUUUCAUAAGUUUAUUAAAUUCAAAAGUAGUCUAGAAACUUUUUUCAAGAUUAUCUAACAGGAAAAAGUGGUAAAAGCAGUUCUCCCACACGAUAGCUGAGGUAGUUCAUAAUUUAAGAAUAUACUGAAAAAUGAGACAAACUAAAGACUUUGCAAAAUUAUAUGAAAACAUUCUUCAGAUCUCAAAAUCAUUUUCUGACUUUUUGGCGGCCUGAGAGUAUGUUCAAGCAAAAUAACAGCUUUAGAAAAAACCAAGAUAAAUAUUCCCAUGACUUCCAAAAUUCAGAGACUUCUAAGCUUCAGAAAAAACUUUGGAUGAGUCUGGCUUGGCUGAUUUUUCAAAUAGUGACUUCUUUCUAUGGCUAUCUUAUAUAGUUUCUAUCCAGAUUGAGAAGGAUUCUGAAAAAGUGCAGAAAAACGGUUUGAACUUGUUCUCUAGCUUCAGAAAAAAUAAACACAGCUCUAGAAAAACUUCCCAAAGACCACCUUCAAGCUUCAGAACUGUUUCUAACAAGCCUAAAUCGUCUACAGCUCUAGCGGAAAUGUUGCAGGUCGAAGCACAAGAAGGUCACCCGAUCAUGAUGGACCGUCGGGAAGCGGCGCCGUUCGGCGACAUCCUCACCGAGCUCAAGGGCAAGGGUCUCGGCGGCAGAAUGAGGUACAUUUCUUCCCUUGCAACUUGAAAAAGUCCAAAAAUUGUUGCAGAUUCGGCAAGAGAUCGUUUUCGCCGAUGCGUUACGCCUACGAGCCGCUGGAGAUGCGCGACCUCUAUCCCAUCCAAUAA